UUAAUUAACAAAGAUCCGCGAAUAAGCGCGCUUCGCACGAUUACAUUUUAAUAUGUAUAUGUUAUAAAAUAUAUGCUGCGUAUAUUAGCUCCACUCGUAUGUUGCUACGGGUAACAUCGUAAGCGCGCGAAGCUGUCUUACGCGCGCGUAAGAUGCAUGCUUAUUCGCUGAUCUUUGUUAAUUAAGAUCUGGAUAACUAUUACGAAUCUAGCAAAAUGGUAUAGGACUUAUCGGCUCAGUUUUACUGCUUCUACUUGUCUACGAGAGAUGUCACACCAAUUCUGAGGGGGACACCCUGUAUAUACGUGUUCACACGUAAGAUUUACACGUGAACACGUGAACAACAUCCAGCGAACAUCGAGAGAAAUAGAAGGAAACAGCAAAUCUCACAUUUCCCUCAUUCGCUUUAUUAUGUUCGACAUAUCAUAUUUUUGUUCAGUAUCGAAGAGAGAGCUCGAUCAUACACAUGUGUCUGCCUUGUGUAAGAAAUCGAUAACUUUGAUUUGUGACUAAAUUGUAUAUAAGCGAGAUGCGGCAGAUCAUUUUCAUCACAUUGAUUACGAUUCUAACGUUUGCUUCGUGGACAAAUGAAAAACAUGUUGAUAAGAAAGAUGAUUAUGAAGUAAAACAAGAGUAUGCAAAAGCAUUAAGCCUUUCGUUGUUGUUCUUUGAAGCCCAGCGAUCUGGUAAACUGCCGACAACCAACAGAAUUCCAUGGCGAUACGAUUCCUUGCUCAAACCGACUUCUCAUUUGAACUUAACCGGAGGAUAUUAUAAUUCCGGAAUAAAUUAUGUUAAAAGUACUUUUCCAACUGCUUUCACAACGACGAUGUUGGCUUGGGGACUGCUCACCUGGACGGAGGGAUUUUAUCUAGCGGGUCAAUUAAAUGAAAUUUAUGGAACUAUCAAAUGGGCUACUGAUUAUUUUAUAAAAUGUCAUAGAGAUAAAAAUAUAUUUGUUAUACAAGUAGGUAAUAUAACAUACGAAGCAAACUAUUGGGGAAGACCGGAAGAAUUGAACUACGACAGACCGAUACUUGAAACCAACAGUACUUAUCCCGCGUCGGAUGUUAUCGCCGAAACGGCAGCCGCAUUAGCCGCCGCGAGCAUCGUUUUUAAAGAAAUUUUUGUCGAUUACGAAAACAGCCGACUGUGUAUUAUCCAUGCAUUGCAAUUAUAUAAUUUCGCUGCAAAUCUUAACGAAUCUCAUGACCUAAGAUCCCAUUGUGAUCUGGUAGAUUGCAACUUAUCUGACUCAAAAAUAAGCCGGGAAUACGGCGACGAAUUAGUAUGGGCUGCUCUUUGGAUUUACAGAGCGACUAAGUCCAUAUCAUAUUUAUACAUCGCUCAAUAUUUCUAUGAAACGUUAGAUGUCGACAAACUAAAUCAAUUCGUAUCCUACGACAACAAAGGUGUUGCCGUUGAGCUGUUGUUUGCCGAGUUGACGAAAAAAUCAAACCAUAUGAAUAAAGUGGAAGACUUUUGCGACCACAUGGUGACUGAUUCUUCUAUUUACACAAACAAGGGUCUUCUGUAUGUUUCCAAUAGACAUACUCUUUCUUUUGCCGCUAACGCAGCUUUUGUUUGCUUAGCAGCAGCGUCUUCCGAUGAUUAUCAAAGCAAAUUUCAGUAUUAUAAUUUCGCCGAGGAACAAAUUGAUUAUAUAUUGGGCAUAUCAACAGGAAGAAGUUACGUGGUCGGAUACGGCGAGAAUCCACCAACUCAACCACGUCACAAAGCAUCCUCGUGUCCGAGUUUACCGCAGCUCUGUGAAUGGCGGCAAGCCGUUGAAGACAAACCAAAUCCGCAGAUUCUUUACGGCGCUCUGGUCUCUGGACCGGACUUCAACGAUCAUUUCGUGGAUUAUCGAUAUGGUAAUGAUACCAAGCUCUAUACGGAGGUUAACAUAGAAUACAACGCGGGGUUCACCGGCGCACUCGCCGGAUUGGUUGAGCUAAAUGUCGACGAUCUUAGAAACGUUUAGAAUAAAAAGCCUACGUUAAUAUUAUUUCUAUCGAACAAACGUAAAAAAUAAUUUUUUAAACAAGACUGAUAAUAUUUUGCAAUCUGCACACGGCAGGACAAGUGUAUGUUAAUAUAAAAAUAUACAUUUGUACAUAAAUUUCUUUCAACGUUUUAGAGCGAAAGAUUCUUAUUACACAAUUAUGUUAUGUAUAAGAAUAUGUUUUUUAUUAUUGAAGUGUAAGGACUUAUUUUUUUGUAAAAAAUGAAAAUAUAAUUCUUCUGUGAGAGAGAAAGAGGAAUGAAGAUAAAAUUCUUCUGUAUGUGUUGUAUAACAUUUUAUACACGUGAAUUUAACUUAACACCGCAAUGCUAUAUAUGUGGAUUUAUUCAGGAAGAAUAAUCCUUUAUAUAUUCAUAUAUAUAUAUAUGUGGUAUGAGAUAUAUGAGAUUGAGACAUACAUAUAUAAACAACUUUUUUCCAUGUAAUAUUACACAAGACCGUUUCUUUGGUUCUUAACAAAAAAAUAAAACUAUUAAAAAAAUGUGAAAAAAUAAAAAAAGAUUGUAACAUAAAUUAAUAA